CACCCAUCACAUAUGACUACCGUUCUUUCAUCCUUACACAUCCUUUACUCUUCCGAAAAAGGUGCCGACUCUAGCCCUUCCUUUGCUCUUCUCGUGUCAUUGGGCAUAUGAUGCCCACUGGGUGCCGUUGUGAGCCCUAGUUCCAGCUUUAUCUACUCAAAUUAUCAAGCAGCCAUAAUGCGAUCGCUUUGGUCCUGGCUGAGCUUAGCAGCCGUGGCCAUUGCUCACGAUGGUCCCGAUCUCAAUCUCUUCGACUAUGGCCAGCGAGGGCCACUCUUGGGUACUUGGUUCGGCAUACCCGGACAGAAUGCAACAUUCGACUAUAUCAUCGUAGGCGGGGGCACCGCCGGGUUGACUGUUGCCAGUCGACUGGUCAAGAGCGGAUAUCUCAGCGUGGCUGUCGUUGAGGCAGGUGGCUUCUAUGAAAUUGACAAUGGGGACCUUUCCGUGAUCCCCGAAUAUGCAAACUUUUUCACUGGGUCAGAUCCCAGGGAUUAUCAGCCGCUAAUUGACUGGGGGUUCGUGACCCAACCGCAGCAAAGUCUGGGCGGUCGUAUCCUUCAUUAUCCGCGUGGAAAAACACUCGGGGGCAAUUCAGCGAGGAACUACAUGUACUACCACCGCCCAACGAUAGGCAGCUUGCAUCAGUGGGCGAAAGAGGUGGAUGAUGAGAGCUAUGAGUUUGACAACAUGCUCCCGUAUUAUAAGAAGUCGGUCCAUUUCACCCCCCCGGACGGGGAGCUGUACACCAACUCGACAAACAUACAAAACCCAGAAGCCUUUAGCUUAUCCGGUGGCCCUCUGGAGGUGUCCUCGGGAAACUUCGUCGAUGGUUUUGGAACCUGGUUCCGCAAAGCACUCAUUGCUCUUGGGUUGAAGCAGACUGAAUUCAACAGCGGCAAACUCUCGGGCUCUGGAUACGCAACUCUGACUAUCAAUCCCAGCAAUGCUCAUCGUUCGUCGUCGGAAACUGGUUUUCUGCAAUUGACUCUUAACAGCGGCCUAGGUCCGGUAGUAUACCACCAGACCCUUGCACAGAAGAUCAUAUUUGAUAUGCAUAGAGUCGCGACUGGCGUUCAGGUUGAAACGGCUGGAACUUUCGGCACUCCACCUGUCAACUUCACCCUCAGUGCCCGGAAAGAGGUUAUAUUGUCUGCAGGAGCCUUCCAGUCCCCUCAGCUGUUGAUGGUAUCGGGAAUCGGUCCACACAAUCAACUUUCCCAGUUCAACAUCACCUGCAUUAGUCACCUGCCAGGCGUUGGUCAAAACCUACAAGAUAAUCCUUUGGCUGGAACGGUACACCGAGUGGCCGUCCCAACUGUAGCCACAUUAGCGGAUGAUGAGGCGCUGAUGGAGUACAAUGUCAAGCAAUAUAUUGAGAACGCCACAGGACCACUGUCCAUCCCUGGGCCAGGGUACUUUGGAUGGGAGAAACUACCCAAACCAUACCGCUGGCGUCUGUCAAAUGAAUCCAUCGCAGCACUCUCUACGUUGCCAGAUGACUGGCCGGAGACCUUCUAUGUCGCCAGCGGAUUUUCACAGGCUAUCAAUGCGGACGAUAAACAGAUAUAUGCCACCAUCUUUUUCUCAAACACUGCAUCUUUUUCCCGCGGCAACAUCUCACUAGCAGGUCCAAAUAUGACAACUCCGCCCAUAAUUGACCCCCAGUGGCUCUCGAACACUACAGACAUGGAGAUCAUGGUUGAAGCGGUCAAGCGAAGUCGCCAAAUUUGGGCGCAACUGGCCGACCUAGGUGUCGCCGACCCAGUGGAAUAUUUCCCAGGGAACAAUGUAACGACGGAUGAGCAGAUUCGUGACUUCGUUCGGGGAAACCUACCAGCCCCUUCACAUGCGUCAUGCACAUGUAAAAUGGGACGGAAAGACGACCCAAUGGCAGUCUUGGAUAGCUCUGCACGGGUGUAUGGAGUCCAGGGUCUGCGGGUUGUUGAUGCGAGCAGUUUCCCUUUCCUACCUCCAGGGCUUCCGCAGUCGACAGUCUAUGCUCUUGCCGAAAAGAUUGCAGAUGAUAUCCUGCAUGGACGGUGAUUGAGUUGAUCAAAGCAAUGGAUAGAGCGACAGUAUUGUAUAUAUACCAUUCUUACCCGAAACACGGCAUUACUACCACCCUUUAAUGUUGGCGUCUCUUGUGAUGACUAUUGUAGAAGCGCAGUAGUUAUCAUGCCAUAAAUCUUAUGCGCUGCCGAUCCCCCUUGGUUAGCAUACCGACAUCGACAGACAGUGAUCCGACGGACAUCCUCCUGAACUUCAGAAGUCAGCAAACCAACCCAGAGCCUUUUCAAAAAGUAUGUCCGACAAGCAAAAGCAAAAG